AUUUCCCGGCUAAUUGUGUUGGAAGUAUUUAAUUCGAUUUCAAGUUUAAACUCUAUAAGAAAAGCAAGCUUCUCUAUGCCAAAUGCAAUUGGAAGCGAAGGAUAGCUUUCCAGCGAAACGAAUAAUUGUUAAGCUAAUCGAGGAAGCACUGCAGCAAUACGAACGAAAUACGAGCGCGCUGGAUAUAGAGUUAAAUAUAGAAGUGCACACAAACCAUUUAUUGCAACAACUCAAAGCGCUUUUGGGCGAUGUCCUCGUAGAGGCAUUGUGCAUUUUGGAUGAGCAAAGCAUAAUUUUAUACACUAAUGAAAGUUGUGCUGUUGCCGAGAUACAGAUCAAACAUCAACAAUACGCUAGCUCUAUUUGGUUGUUUCCUGGCGUGAAUUAUUGUAAUUGUAAACAGUUCAACGAGCGUGUAUUGGGCUUGUCCAGUGAGCUAGAGCAACAAAAUUCAGUCACACAAACUGAAAACGUGCAGCGGAGUUAUACUUGUGCACAUGUAUUGGCAUUGCGUCUCGCACAGUUGUUACGUCCAAAGCCAAGUACUUACAAAGUGGAAGCGGUGACAACACAACAAUUUAAUAAUUUGAAUGAACGAAUGGAAUGCAGCUUUUUAGAAAUAUUUAAGGAAAAUUCGCUGUGAAAAUUAACGAAUGCAACAUU